AUGGCAGCCAACAAGGGCAAGGGCAAGGAGGAGGUUGUGAUACGGACAGUCAUAUCCUUCGACAAGGGCGGGGUCUGGUCGUACCUCAAGGCGCCAAAGGUGGACUCCCUGGGCAAGAAGACCGACUGCCCGCCAGAGCGGUGCUGGUUGCACCUGCAUGGGGUGACCAACUUUCACAACUACGCUCCGUUCUAUUCCACCGAGAACGCCGUCGGCAUCAUCAUGGGAACCGGCAACACAGGCCCCUACCUCCGUUUCGAGCCAGACCAGACCAACACUUACCUGUCCCGCGACGGUGGCCUCACGUGGGUGGAGGCGCACAAGGGCGCGUUCAUUUAUGAGUUCGGCGAUCACGGUGGGCUGCUAGUGAUGGCGGACGACAUCCGGAAGACCAAGCAGGUCGUCUUCUCGUGGAACGAGGGCAAGAGCUGGUAUGAUUUUGAGCUCUCCGACUACCCCAUGAUGGUCGACAACGUCGUGAUCGAGCCGAACGCCACGUCCACCAAGUUCCUCAUUUACGGCACCCGCGGUGACAGCGGCGCAAUGUACCACCUCGAUUUCGAGGCCCUUGGGCAGCCGCUCUGUAAAGGUGUUUGGGCUGUGGACUCCGUGUCCUCAGACUACGAAACUUGGAGCCCCUCAGACGGAACGGGCCAAGACGCGUGCCUGAUGGGCCACCAGUCGUCGUACACGAGGCGGAAGCAGACUUCGGAGUGCUUCAACGGGGAGAAGUUUGAGAGGCCUGUUAUGCGUCAGAACUGCCCGUGCUCGCAGGAGGACUUCGUAUGCGAGAUGGGAUUCGCGCGGCAGCUGGAUUCGUUAGACUGCAAAUUCGCCAACGACGAUACGAUUCCGAUUCCUGCGAAGUGUGCGUCUUCGGACGUCUUUCAUGCGGAUGGCUACCAGAAGGUGGUCGGGAACACUUGCGAAGGCGGCUGGGUGCCGAUGAAGGUGGCUGUGCCAUGCCCAGACAAAAAGCUCAGCAAAGGUGCCAUGUCCGUGCUUGGCUCUCUCGGCGUGAUCAUCGCUCUGAUGGUCGGUGUAAACUACUUGUCCAGGUCAGACAAGUUUAAGGGUAUGUUCGCCAAUUAUGGCAUGGACAGCUUCAGCACAGUGAAGUACUCCACUAUCGGGGCCAAGAACCUGGAGAAUGCUCUGGACAGCGUGGGGACCCGCUUCGACUCGGACUUCAUGGAGGCCGACCAGGACGACUUCUCGGGCGACGCCCCGCAGCUCAUGGCCUUCAACGACCGCGGCCAGCGGCCGCGCGACCACGACCGCCCGCGGAGCCGAGAGUUGCCCCGUGGCGUCGACACGGCCGCCGCGAGCGUGCCGAAGCUCGCGAAGCCGCCCGGCGCUGGCGGCGGGGAGGACGAGGACUCGGUAGACUUGUUGUGA